AAAUGGGACAAACUGCUAUCGUGGACUUCGCUUGUGGUCAAUGUGCUGAUGUUGCUCGGCAAAAGUAUAGCAUCUUACUUAUCGGGAUCACUAUCGAUUAUCAGUACGCUGAUUGAUAGUGUGAUGGAUAUCACAAGUGGAACGGUUGUAUUGGAACCAUUGACCAUUCUGAUUGUCUCGGUCAUUAUGGUUAUGGCUAAUCUUUUCAUGAUUGGUGAAUCGAUGAUUUCCAUAAUUGAUAAUACGGUGGGUGUUAUGAUGAAUAUUGAAACGAUAUCGAUUAUCGCAUUCGGUACACUUCUGAAAUUGAUUUUGUACGUCGCAUGUCGAAGGCAUCCAUCACCGAACACUCGAAUUCUAGCGUUUGAUCAAUGCAGUGAUAUUAUUACUAAUGCUGUUGCCAUUGUUGCGGCAUACGUUAGCAGCAAAUACUGGCUUUAUGCGGAUCCUUUAGGUGCAUUCGUUAUAUGCAGUUUGAUAGCGUUUGGAUGGGUGAAAAAUGCGCGUCAACAGAUUCCACUGCUAAUCGGAAAGACGGCAAAGCCGGAAUAUAUGAAUCGAAUCACGAAAAUUGCAAUCGAACAUGAUGAACGCAUUAAAUUUAUCGAUACACUUUACGUGUAUCAUCUCGGCUCGAAAUUUUUGGUUGAGUUGCAUGUGGUAAUGGAUCGUGACUUAUCCCUUCAGCAAGCGCACGAUAUCUCAGAACCGUUACAAUUGAAACUUGAGCGAUUGCCGUAUGUCGAACGAGCGUUCGUCCAUUGUGAUUACAAUUUUGAUCCCGCAGAGCACAUCUGA